ACCAAACACGACCUAGGAGUUAAAAGCAGAGGAUACUUCAAAAUAUUCCGUUAUAAAAAAAAAAGUCUUAUUUCAUAUGGUUGUUGCCAUUGCUUGCUCUGCUAAACCUUUAAUUUAUUUAUGGAGAAGCAUAGCCACAGGAUGAGAAAAAGAAUGGCUUUCUGGUUUAAUAAAGGAUGUCUUCUUUUUCUCCAUGUGAAGAAGAGGGCGAAAAGGAGAAGCAAAGCUCGGAAAGCUAAGAAUAAUGAACAGCCCACACACCACAAAGCCGAAUCAGGUUCCAAAUAUAAACAUUAUUAUUAUUCAGUGUCUUCAUAUUCUCUCCACAAUCAACACCAUUGUUAAACCCAGACUUUCAAGUCAGUCUCUUUCAUUUUCUCUCAGAAAACCCUUCAGUUUCAUUUCUGCUUCUGUCUUUAAACAUUAUAUUGGUUUAGAUUCUUGGAGACGGUUCUGUUUUUGUCUGUGGUUCAAUGACAGGAAAGGCAAGUUCAAUCUCACCACCACUCCAUUCUUCUUCUCCUUCCAAGCUUCAUUGGCAUUAUUGAACUGUUUACCCUUGACAACUAUGGCAGUUUUGCUGCAUGGUUUUGAGGAUUCACAUGGACUGCAAUGGAUGUUACAGGAAAGUAAGAAGAGCCCUUCUCAGUAUAAAAGUCCUUAUCAUCUUGACAGAGUUGGAGACCCAUUUGAUAGAGCAAAAGCAGUGCAGGGUAAGUGUUUGUGGAAAGUUCAGCCCCCAAGAUGUAGCAAUCAAGAUAAGGAAGAAGACCAACCGCAGAGUAGAGAUAUUGGAGAUUCAAGAGUGUGAUACCUUCACUGAAAACAACGAUAUCCAAGGACCCUUGAUCAUCAAUCCCUGGAAAUGCCGAUCCAACUAUGACCAAGCU